UGCGGGCGCUGUUCUUCUUCCUAAACUCUCAACGUUCCUCAACGUGAUCAUCGUUGACGACGUUCUUCAUCCCCAAAACGACGGUACAAUUCAAUUUGACUCCGGGGACGGCCUUGUCCCUUUGCAACAGUGUCUGCCAUUAAUCACACCCACCCCACUCGCAAUCUUCCCAACCUCGCAAAGUCAUCAAGACCAUCGACUAUCUUGCUAAUGAGCCUAUCUUUCGGCGGACUUGGCUUGAUCUCCCUAUGGACCCCCUUGUAUUUUUGGGAUGACUCUGCCCAUGUUCGCAGCGAAUUCAGGUCGUUCGUCUUUGUUCUUGUAUUUGUUGCUGUAGUGCUUAUACUCGCAUAUCUCACAAAUCCCUCAGAGACAUCUUUCCGUGCUUAUCUAACUGAGCAAUCCUUCCGCCAGCACCUCAGUCAUCUUGAUGAUACCACAGACGAAUCUUCUGAUACUGAUGCCCAAUACUCUUCGCGUCCCGUGGACCGCAAUACAUUGACUGACCGCACGCCCCUUCCGUUUCACUUUGCAAACCGUGCUUCAGUAUCCCUACGCACCCCCAAGCACGUCUUCCACAGUUUUGGCAUUUGCACGAUCGCCACUACCCGCGGAGCUGCUGGCGUUCAUGGACGUAGUUCAAGCACAGCUAGUGCACAUGGUAACGGGAAUUUGUCUGGCGUUGAUCAUGAUGGAUCUGUAGUUUCAGAUUCUUGGUUUAUUGGUUCGUUUGGUCACUGGUGGCGCGGCGGUCUUGUUGAGUCGUGGUAUCAUGAUGCCAUGAUCCGAUCAAAGGACGCCGAGGGCUGGAGCUCUGGAAUACUCGGCUUUAAGGCUCUUGAUAAGCUCAACGAAUUCAACGGUCUUCCGUUUGCAAAGUCGGUUCCAUGUCCCAGGCUUCCUUCACGUGGCACCCCGCCUAGGUUGCGCAAUCGUGAACGUUUCGCGCCGCGCCUUGGAUUAGUUCCUCGGCGCAACUCGACGCCUCCGCCACUUCCCAAAUCGGCUUCACUUCCUCUGCACACAGAUCACCGAACGCACGAGCACAAUCCUCCAGUAUCUCAACCGGUUUCCGACCAGACUUGCAUUGGUGUCUAUGUACCACCUGCUGCUCAAACCAUUUCAUGCGGCCCUUCGAGAUCUGUAUCCAUCGAUGACUCGCCGAUGAUCGCGGAAGUCUUGAGGCAAAUCACUGCCCAGCAGGCUUUUGUGGCAGAACUCGAUAACCAAAUUUGCGACGCUCAGACCGCGGCCACUGCGUCUCAUGAUGCACUGGAGGCUGAAUUGGCAGAGUUGCGCCUACGUAAGCGCGAUGAAGAUCAACGCAAAGCCGAAGGCAAAGCUCGUGCCAAAAUGCUUGAGGAUGCACGACGCUCUGCUGAAACAGGGAGAAGAGAUGCCGAGAAGAAGCUGAAGACUGCCCGUGGUGUGAAGGAGGGCGCUGUAAGGCGCAUCGAGGAACUGGAGAAUGAAAUUGGCAGGCUAAAGGAGCAAACCGAGACAGACAGAGCGACUUUACUUGAAGAAGCUGAGAUCGAGGACGCCAGCCUAGCACAGGAACUGGAGCGGGAGCUUGAGGCGAAGAAGAAGGAGGUUCGGGUUGCUGAGGAUGUCGUCACCGCACUUAGCACGCGGGCGAAGGAGCUCGAGGGUAAAAUAGCGGAGGCCCGCGAGCGACUGAGUGCAGCUAGGGAACGGACGGAGGUUCUGAAGCAGGAACCAAUAUUCGUCCCUAUGCAGGUUCUGAGCAGCAGCCAUGCCCAAGAGCAAUACGGUCACACUAACGGUCACGGCAACGCAAAUGAGUUUGACAUCGGUCAAGCAGAUACAAACUCCUGGUCUUCGACUUUCAGUCCCUUUGAUGAUCCGUCGGAUGUCCACUCCUCACCUGGGACUUCGGAACACGCACAGAACAGUCUUAAUUCAACAGAUCUUUCUCGCUCUCCCAGACCUCCACGACUUUCAUUGGGAUCGCUAUCAAAUUUCAGCCCCACUGCAAGUGAGACAGGUGCUGUUUCGCGUCGUUCCAAGGGUUACGCCAUCUUUGAUGACGACAUCGCUUCCCUCGCGCAUCCGUCACAACCUGGUCAAGCUGCUUACGGUUAUUUCUCCCCCCAAACGACUUCGACAUUUUCUCCCUUUGAUGUUCAAACGCCGUCUUCAGCAUUCAUUCCAAGCAGCCUCAUUAGCGUGCUAGACUCCCCCUCUGGAGACUGGCGAGGCAUCGGAAGAGCUGUAGGUACACUCAGUGCGUCACCUGUGUCCCUCACUGGACCUUCGCCCGCACAAGAAAUGGACGUCGAGUAUGAUCCUUUCGAAGUUCGCCACCACAGUCAGGCCAUGUAUGACCAAAUGGGCAUGCCUCACCGCACGAACUCUGAUCCCUCGGCUGUACGUGCGUUGGACAACACACUUGCCAAUGAUCCCGGCACCAUAGGGUUGGAUUCUGGACCGCGCAGGUGGUUCUCAACAUCUGCCAAAGAUAAGCAACGCAAGGGUCUUAAUCCUGAUGCCAAGGUUUUCCGGCUUCCGCGACGACACGUUCCGGCUCCGUCUGAACCCGCCAGCGCCCCUCCCACAGUUUGCUAUGAUGCGCUGAACCCCAAUGGGCUCAUGACCAGCAAUUCCUCGACACCAUCUGCCCUCCUUCGCGCCUUUGCUCCCUCUCGAGCAGAACGUGAAGCGCUUCAACGCGCGCUUGGUGGUUCGACCAAUACGAGCCUCGAGCGUCUGCCGAGCCUUAGCGAUGUAGGAAGUAUCCCAUCUUCUCCAGCGCACGUUAAUGCUGAGGCGCAGCCGGUGCCGGCGUUCGGAGGGAAGGGAGUUGUUUUACCUGCGUGGCUGCAGUCGCUGCCAUUGAUUCGUAAGCCCAACUUCAGCCCGUGGGAGGACGAAGAACCUGUCUCUGCGAGUACAGGCGGAGAGGCCAAAAGGAAGUAGACGUGGUGUGUAGCAAGCGAGGUGGGGAAAAAUUGUACAAAUCACGGUGCUGAGUCGUCUGGGAUGGCGGGGCAGGUUGUCGCAAUAGAGAAAAAGGGGGUGGGUGGGGUAGCUGUAUUUGCUUUUCAAGUAGCUGCUCGUCUGAGAUAUAUAUAUCGCAAUGCACGAAUAUGUUGAACCGU